CAAACUGCAAAACGUUGCAACGUCUGCCACACAUCGCGCAUACUGAGACCAAGUGUGUCGUCAACCUCAAUUUUUUCACGCCAUCCGGUUCCAAAUAUUUUAGGCGCCCAUCACCAGACGGCUUGAGGUCAGAAGGCUCAUUUACCAAAGUGCCCUCUCGAGUGCAAGUCACGCUAAUAACAGCGCACAACUUUAAGUCAGUCCCAGGCGCAUUGGCCGCCAAUUGCCAUCAUUUUCCAGCCGUUCGCCUUCACCAACAUGUUGCUCGUCGACAAGCGCCAGUCGCUGCCGCCUCAGGUUUCCGCUAGCCGCAAGCGCAAGAUCGUACUCAGCGAUGACUGCAGGGAGAAACGUGCGCGUUGUUCGUGGACUGAACUAGAGUAUGAAAUGGUACUAGAGGAAGCCACAUUACUGCGCGAGGAGCUGGAGCUGCUGCUCUUUGUGGCUGUAGACCUGUGCCGAGAUCUCUGCUGCGACGACGCGCCCGCGCGCAACUUCUCGACCACGCUGGAGCAGAUCGGAGAGCGCAUGACCUCUCCAGAACCCCUUACGGUCCCGCAGAUCCGCGAAAUGUGCCAGCAAAUGCUCACCAUGAUGCAGUAUCUAUGCCGCGUGCACUACAACCACUUCGCGCUUGUCGACAUGCAGGAUCAGCUCCGUGAGUGCCGCAACCGCUUCAUGCUUUUCAUCUGCAAGAACGCGUCCAUGAUCGGACUCUAAGCUGCAUCAACAGCCACCCUAAGUUAUGGACGUCAGGUUGUGACGUCCUGUAUCAUAAUUGCCACACCAUCAGCUAGCGGCAACUCGUAAUAUAUCGCUGAGUUUUUAGAGCAUAUUUA